ACUGGCUUGCUUUGCUUUUUCGCUGCUCUUCCUACAGUCGCCAAGCACAACAAGACGGAUAGCUGCUGGGUGGUUCUCUAUGGAAAGGUGUACGAUGUUACGGACUUCCUCCCCAGUCACCCGGGAGGCGCCAGUAUCAUCUUGCAACUGGCUGGAAAGGAUGCAACCGAAGAAUACGAUCCAAUUCAUCCUACCGGUACUUUGGAGGAUAGUCUACCCCCGGAAGCCCUGAUUGGAAGGGUUGAUGAGAAGUCAUUGGCAAAACUUGCUCCAAAGCCAGCCAAUGCAGAAAAGGACACUGAAGGGCCUCCCCCAUUGUCUACUCUCUUGAAUAUGGAUGACUUCGAGGCGGUGGCUUCCAAACAACUAACUCACAAGGCUUGGGCGUACUACUUUUCCGGAGCUGAUGAUCUGAUCUCCAAGUCAUUGAACAACAGCAUCUACAAAUCUAUACUGCUUCGCCCAAGGGUUUUUGUGGAUUGCAAGAACUGCAGCCUGGCCACUACUAUGUUGGGCUACAAGCUUGAUACCCCUAUCAUUGCUUCUCCUACCGCAAUGGCACGGCUUGCGCACCCCUCAGGCGAAGCUGGCAUUGCUGCUGCAUGCGCCAAAUUCGGUGCUAUGCAGAUUAUCUCCAACAAUGCCUCAAUGACCCCAGAAGAGAUCGUCAAGGGAGCUUCCCCAGAUCAAGUGUUCGGAUGGCAGCUAUACGUGCAAGUUGACCGAAAGAAGAGUGAGGCUAUGCUGGCACGCAUAAACAAGAUCAAGGCCAUCAAAUUUAUCUGCCUUACCCUCGAUGCACCAGUACCGGGAAAGAGAGAGCUCGAUGAACGUACAAAGGCUGUCGCAGCCACUCCUGCCAUUGCAGACAUCGUCAAGUCAUCAGGAGGGCAGGAGAUUGCGGGUGGAGGUGGUCUGGGGCAACAGCUAUUUGCUGGCACAGACCCAACUUUAACAUGGAAGGAUACCCUGCCCUGGUUGUUGAAACAUACAGAACUUCCCAUUGUUCUCAAGGGAAUCCAGACCCACGAAGACGCUUACAUUGCUUCUCUGCACUCCCCGCAAAUCAAAGGCAUUAUUCUUUCAAACCAUGGCGGAAGAGCAAUGGACACCGCUCCACCUUCGGUCCAUACCUUGAUGGAAAUCCGCAAAUACUGUCCCGAAGUUUUCAAUCGACUCGAGGUUUGGAUCGAUGGUGGCAUUAAGAGAGGCACAGAUGUAGUCAAAGCAUUAUGCCUUGGUGCUAAAGGUGUUGGCGUUGGCAGAAAUGCACUCUUCAGCCUUGCAGCCGGCGGUCCCGAAGGCGUUGAACGAAUGCUUGAAAUUCUUUGUGCGGAAACAAUGACAGCAAUGCGGCUGUUGGGAGUUGACAAGGUGGAAGAUCUCGGCAUGCAGCAUAUCAACGCUCGAGCUGUUGAACAGCAACUCUAUGACGGCGGUGCUGGUCUCGACAUUUUGGGAUCACACAUCAAAGCAAAGAUAUAA